AUGGGCUCGCAGACUUUGGAAAUUCUGCGCCAAGGUGUUUGGGCAUCGCUGACAGGUGGCUGGUUUUAUGAUCCCCACCAGAAUUUAUUCUGCAACACUGUGCAUUUGUACAUCUGGUUGUUCUUACUAUGUCUGCCAUUUUCCAUUUACCUGUAUUUCCCCCCGGCAAGCAUAGGUUGGAUAAUUUAUUGUGCCCUGGUAGCCCUACUAUUUACAUGCCUGAAGCUGUUGAACCAUGGCCUGCACCACAUGUAUGACACAAAGGAAUGCAUAAUUGUCCAGCCCACUGGAGAUCCAGCAAAUCCUUAUGAUGGAACUGCGCAAGAAGAGGGUAUGGAGAUGAUGAGGUUAGGGGUGGCUCUAGGCAACACAAUGGAGAAUGACAAUGAGUCUGUAGUAUCCCUGGAGUAUCACAAGCCCAAUAACAGCACCAUAGACCUCAAAGUCGACGUCCACCGCAAGAACAGUUCGGAAUCCAGUAUGGAGGAUAGUGUUGCGUCGUCUAAACAACCCGAAGCUGUCGCGACGACAAAGUCGGACCUGUGCGUUAGCCAAAUCUCAGAGACGGCCGGACCUACUAAGGUCCGCCCGAAUCACAGGGGCCGCUCCAAGACGGGUAACAAGCGGGAGCACAGAACCAAAACUAGGAGGACGCACGCCAACAGGAUCGACGAGCUGAUCGUAGAAGAGGCCAGGCAUCAGAUGUUCCUGAACAAUGUGCCCGUUCACAUGCUAACAGAAGACGGCCCCUUCGCGAAGGUCAGUCGAAGAUACCAAGAGUGCCCGCACCGCCGUGGCACCAGUAAUAGAGACUUCUUCAAGGAAUGGCUAUAUUUAGACGCGAGGGAUACCAACGGCGACCCUUACAAUCCGAACGUAGCGCGUCAACUCAGCUCGGACUCUAGAGACAACUCGGAGCCCAGCGUAGGGCCCCCUUCGCCGAAGAAGAGGACAGCGCACAGGCGAAGGUACAUCAACUACCCGGACGAGAGCUGCACUAAAUCGGCAAUGGCCUUGGCGACGCAGCCGUGCAACAUGAGGCGGAACUCCAAUUCGACAAUGUCCACCAUUCAGCUGCCACUCUUGAACUCCACGGCGCAGCUAGUCUCCCACAUGAGGAGGCACUCGAACAACGCCGAUACGGGAUUCUUCGCUAGCGUCGAGCUCGGGGAAUACAUGAUGGUGAAGGCCGAGCCACCAACGUGUAACACCGAGAAAGCCAAAGGCAAAAGUCCAGGUGUCAGACGGAUAAAAAGCGCCGCUCUGGAAAUCGGUUGCCCGCCCCCCAGCGUCUCCAACCUGUCGCCACAUCCGAAUAGCGCCGAAACCAUCGGCGGUCAGGUCCUGAAGAAUCCGAAGAACGCGGUCAUCCCGCCGCCCAGCAAGAGUCUGACGCGCGGCCCCCAUCUAAACCUCUACCCGAAAAACGAUUCGGGCGAGGGCUGCAGCUACCCGUACCUAACGUACGGAUCGGAGAUCGUGUACCCGAUAGCGGAGAUAUCCGACGAGAUGCAGACCUCGCAGAAGGAGACAGACCUGGACUCGAGCGGCGACAGCUACAGCGAUUACGAGGACGAAAAGCAGUUCCGCGGCUUCGAUUGGGACGCGGAGCAAUCGCCGGCCGUCCGCUCCAGCGACUCCGAUUACGAGAACAACGGGUCCAGGUCACCGCUGCUGGACCGGGCAGCGGACGUCCGCAUAGUUCGCUCGAAACACCACGGCGAAAGCAAAAAGCACUGCUGCGAACGGCACACGAAUGCGAAACACGGCCCCGAGUGCCCGAACGACAAAACAAAACACGUGAGACUGAAAAAACUCACCAAGAACGAGCACUACGAGAGCAAGCGCCAGGAGAGACUGAACGCGUGCGAGUGUAAAUAUAACCAGAACGGCGAUUACUUCGACAAGGCUAGCGCCAGUUCGAAGGACUUGCUCAUAGAGAAGUCAAGCUUAGAGUCCAAUGACAACCCGGAACUGGAGAAGAAAACUGAUGAUGCGAAGAUCGUCGAGAAGAAACUGUGGGACAACGAUAUAUCUAAUUCUAGCAGUAGUAGUGAAAAUAACUCUGACAAGAUAGCGGAUGACAAUAAGUAUGAUAAAACUACGGUGCCUGAGACGGAGGAGUCGCAGUUGACAUGCGACAGUAAGAGCGCAGACGAAAGAAGCGUGUAUAGCUUAGAUUGGCUUUUCGAAGAAGCCACUCAGAAUAGCGCAGUGUGUUCGAAAGUAGGUGAAGCGUGUGCCGUCCAAGAAGAGGCAACUUGUCAAAAAGUUUCUAACGCUUUAGGGGAGUCCUCCUCCAACGUUCCAAAGAAUUUAGGAGCAAUACCAAAGCAAAUUAAAAACUUAGCUCGUUCUAGAGCCUCGUCACAGAAGGAGAACAAGAAAAGGGAUAACAGGAAGGAGAAAGAUGAGAAUCAAGAAGAGGAUCGUAUUCUACUAGACGCAGUGGAAGCGCAAGCGGCGUUAGUGCAGGGCCUCGAAUGCUUAUUUGCAGCGACCAAUGCUAAUACGGUCGUAAUGCCAGCCCCAAGCAGAGAAGACAGAUCUAGGAGCCACCGGCAAAGCAUCCGAGGCGAGAGGGAGAAUUCGAACAAAACGAGAAAGCGCUCAAUCGAGGAAGUAGCACAAACGUCUACAAACACAUUGCUUCCGACAUCGAUGCCGCUAUUAGCAGCAUUCUUGAACUCAAGAGUGGAUUUUAUGCCUUGUUGCGCUAACGACAACGCUCCACCGGAGCUCGUGCAGUACGCGGAAGAAGGCCAAAGGCUCAGACCCCUCAUGGAUAGGAAUCAUAGAAACCGAGUGAGGAAAAUCAAACGUUCCACGCGGCAGCGCAACAAUCCCUCCUCGCAGAAUAGCAGCGAGAAGAAAGAUAAACCGCAGGCAUCGGAGAAUCCGAAUAGUUCGACGAACGUGCACUUUGCGACCUCCUUCGAGGACACGAGCGACGGUGCAAUACACAGGUUUAUGGAUGAAUACGGCAACUGGAUGUCGUACACGUUCGACAAGAACAGUUCUGGAAGAGCCCAACCACAGCCUGUAACGGGGCCGGACAAAGAGGACAACGCAAGGAAUAGCAGAGUGAAACCGGUGGAUGUUCCCGAUAACUCGCAGGACACAACCGGAGAAGGCAGCUGCGGCUCUCUCGAAUCAGAAGCGGGGAACAGCGAGAUUGUUAGCAAAACGAAACGGGGCGACAGCAUUGACUCGUCCAAUCAAGGCAGCAACAACCCCCUACUGUCUAGCAAUAACAACGUGUCGACCGUAGUACCAAUAAAUACUAACAGCACUAACAAACGCUUCUACGUCUUCGACGGGGGAACUGGUAGCGACCAGCCGAGGUCCCCCGUGGCGUAUGUGACGGAUAGUUUAUUGGAACAGAUCGAAGCGGAGAGGCAGUCGCGAAUGGGCUUGCCCAGCAUGCACAUCAACUUCUUGAUGAGCCAGCAAAGGGCCCAACAGCAGUCGCAGCAGCAGGCCGAGAGCUCGUCAGCACACGCGCCCAGCCUCAUGCCCUCGAUAGGAGAAGAGGCAGUAGACUUAAACAUUAGGAGUAAGUUCUCGAAGCUCAUGGACGACAUCGAGAAAGCGAACCAGCCGAAACCAAAGAGCUAUUACAAGUUCAAGCUAUCGAAGUGCCUCGAGGUCAAAGUGACGAUGGACAGGCUAAAACUCAUGGCGCUGUUCGACAGGAAUCUGACGUUCAGGGAAACCUCCGUUUCGAUAUUGCUUGCGAUCACCGUUGCGGUGCUCGGUUCGAUGGUGUUGAACCUUGGCUUCUACAAAGACAUCUACGCGUUCUGGUUCUGUUUCAUAAUGGCCGGCAGCCAGUACUCUUUACUGAAGAGCGUUCAGCCUGACUCUGCGUCGCCCGUCCACGGUUUCAACAAAAUGGUCGUGUUCUCGCGGCCCGUGUACUUCUGCUUGUGCACCGCCAUAUUGUGCGGGGUACACAAUCAGCUGGAGCAAAUAGCCGUAUUGGACGAGGAGCACUCGCGAAGCAGACGAAGCGCCGAUGUUGUCGAACCGAUGACCAUUUACGGCUUCGAGUUGAACGAGCGGGAUUUUUUGUACGUCGUCCAGGAGAUCCUCUCGAAGUUUCUGCUUUUCUUCCCCCUAGCAUUCAGCCUGGGCCUGUUCCCCCAGGUGAACACCUUCCUGAUGUACUUACUGGAGCAAAUCGAUAUGCACGCAUUCGGCGGCAACGCCACCAGCAGCCUGAGCGCCGCGUUGUACUGCGUCGCCCGUUCCUUCGCAGCGGUGGGAGUCCUGUACGGAUUCGCAUACAGCGGCCUGAUAGAGGGAAAGAAAUCGCAGCAUCAGAAGCACAACAUUCUAUUCUCCAUCUUCUGCGGCCUCCUUGUCCCGAUUGCGUACCAUUUAAGCCGCAGUGCCAGCGACUACAGCCUCAUAUGGAACCUGAUAAAGAAGCACCUCUUGCCCCCGGAACUCUACGUGAUACAGAACCCAGACGGCUCCCCUGAUUCUGAGAAGGUCGAACCGAAUCCGCUCGGCGACGAUAAAAAGAAUAACUCGGAGAGCAACAUCUCGAAGCAGAACUCCAUAGGAAGCUCCGCGUCGAAGAUCAACUUCAGCUCCGAGACGAACAUCGCCAAAUCGCAGAAGCGAUCGCAAGCGUCCAGCGUGAAUUCGUUGAAAAUGGACCCGAGGGGCGAUACUAUGAAUUCCACAAACUCUCUCAAAGGGGAGCAACCUACCGAGGCAGAAGAGAAAAAUAAGGAUACCAACCCAAGCUCCAACGCGAAUAAGCAGGACGCUUCCGAUAAAGCUGACGAAGAUAUGGAGGACCCGCUACCGAAGAAACUCCAAGCGACUGUCAACGCCAGGUUAAAGAAUGACGUCAUAGUAUGCUCUUUCCUCGGGCUCUCCGUAUUCGGCUUGCAUUGCACCACUGUCUUCACAACACUGAGGCCCCAACUAAAUACGGUCCUGUGGAUAAUAGCGGGUGUUUUGGGCUGGGUGCUGCAUUACGUGACGCCGCAACUCCGCAAACAGCAGCCUUGGCUGUGCCUCGCCGGCCCGGUGCUGCGUCAGCACGAACACGCCCAGUUCGAGGUCACUGAACCCGCCCGGCUCAUGCUGUUCGAGAAGAUCUUCGUGUACCUCUGUUUCUUGGAGCGGAACGUCCUAUAUCCUGCAGUGGUUAUCGCUGCUACUACUCAGGACGCGCCAGCAAUCGCCGAGAAGUACGGUGACACCGUAGGCGCACUCAUCAUCAGCGUUUGCGCCUUGAAAUGUCUCAGGAACGCGUACUCGGAGCCAGAGAGCCAGUACUUAAUACUGGUGUUUGCCGUCCUAAUAUUCCAACUGGACUUGGGCAGCCAGAAAAUGUCAGAGACAUUUCUCGUAGACUACUUCCUGAUGGCCAUUAUCUUCAGCAAAGUCUACGAGUUUUUACUUAAGGUGCAGUUCGUGGUGACGUACAUAGCUCCAUGGCAGAUCACGUGGGGCAGCGCGUUCCACGCGUUUGCGCAGCCGUUCUCCGUGCCACACUCUGCCAUGCUGUUCCUGCAGGCCGCCGUGUCAGCCCUUCUGUCCUCGCCACUCACCCCGGCCCUGGGCGAUGCGAUAUUUAUGACGUCUUACGUGCGGCCCGUGAAGUUCUGGGAGAGGGACUACAAUACAAAGAGAGUGGAUCAAAGUAACACCAGGCUUUCAUCGCAGUUGGAGAGAAAUUUAGGGGCAGAUGAUAACAACCUGAACUCCAUCUUCUAUGAGCACUUGACCCGUUCCUUGCAGCACUACCUCUGUGGAGAUCUUAUGCUAGGGAGGUGGGGCCAGGUGCAACAGGGAGAUUGUUUUGUGCUUGCAUCGGACUACCUCAAUUGUCUGGUGCAUAUAGUUGAGAUGGGAAAUGGUCUGGUUUCUUUUCAACUGCGAGGGCUGGAGUUCCGAGGAACCUAUUGUCAACAGAGGGAAGUGGAGGCUAUCUCCGAAGGACCAGAGGAAAGCAGCGAGGGCGUGUGCGCGCGGUGGUGGUGCGGCGGGCGGGUGCUGGCGCCGGGCGCGUGCUGGGCGCUGCGCUGGCUCGCGUGGCAGCUGGCGGCCGCGCGCUACGUGCUCGAGGGCUACUCCGUCAGCGACAACAGCGCCGUCUCCAUGCUGCAGGUGUUCGACUUCCGCAAGGUGCUGCUCACCUACUACGUCAAGAGUAUAAUCUACUACACCAUCCAGUCCAAUAAGCUGGAGGAGUGGCUGUCCUCGCCGACGAUAGCCGAAGCCCUGAAGCCUAUGAGUGAACGCUCCUUCGUUGACCUGGACCCCAUAUUUAACGUCAACUUGGAUGAGGACUAUGACUUUAGAGCCUCGGGGAUCACCAGGAGCCGGUUCUGCGCGGUGUACCAGGAGUGGGUGGUGCAGUGCGCGGCGCGGAGGGGCGCGGGCUGGAGGCGGCGGGCGGGCGCACGUGACUCCUCUCUGGUCACUCUGUGCUUCGCGCUCAGCCUCUUGGGCCGACGCGCCCUCGCGGCCGCCCAGCAUCUCUCGGCCUCCAGCGUGGAGUUCUUUCUGUACGGCCUGCACUCGCUUUUCAAAGGCGAUUUCCGUAUAACGUGCGCCCGGGACGAGUGGGUGUUCACCGAUAUGUCCCUGCUGCAGUCAGUGCUGGCGCCAGCUGUUCGAAUGGCGCUCAAACUGCACCAGGACCACUUCAUGUUCCCGGAGGAGUACUGCAGCGCGGGCGCCCUUUACGCGGCGAUAGCGUCGCACGCGCAGCGGCUCGUCAUCUGCCACGAGGCGGCGCCCGCCUGGAGGCACAGCGUGCUGCGCGGCGCCCCUCACCUGCUGGCCCUCAGGCACGUGAUGGACGAAGGCAACGAUGACUACAAGAUAAUAAUGCUGAACAAGCGCUUCCUCGGCUUCCGCGUGAUCAAACUGAACCGCGAGUGCGUGCGCGGACUGUGGGCCGGCCAGCAGCAGGAGCUGGUCUACCUGAGGAACAGGAACCCCGAGAGGGGCUCCAUACAGAACGCGAAGCAGGCGCUGCGCAACAUAAUAAACUCGUCGUGCGACCAGCCCAUCGGCUACCCGAUCUACGUGUCGCCGCUGACGACCUCGUACGCGGACACGUCGCCGCAGCUGUGCUCGCUGCUGGGCGGGCCCGUCUCCGUCGGCGCCAUCCGACGCCGCCUGGCGGCCCUCUGGCGGAGGGUGCGUCGGCGCUGCGGCGAGGGCUGCUCCAGCGGCGGCGCCUGCGAGGCGGGGGGAGGGGUGGAGGCGGGCGUCGCGAGGGGCGCGCAGCAGCCGCCUGCCCCCGCGCUGCAGCUCUCCAGGACCUCCCUUGCCGGGACGCGGGGCAGCCUGGCCAGCGCCGGGAAGCCCACCUCCUCGACCCUGGCCUCGCUCGCCGGUCUGCUCAGGGAGCACUCGCAUGAAAGGACCCAAGAGGAGAGCUGUGGGUAUGUCACACCAUCAGCUUUCGUCAGCCUGGAGAGCGCUGAGGCCAGACGCCGCAGCGAGGAGCGCGGGGGGCGCAGGGAGCGGAACAUGCGCGCCAGGAGCCAGCCGGGCAGCCGCAGCCACGCGCGCCGGGAGAGGGGCGCCGCCUCGUUCCGGCUGCUGCCCAAGGGGGUACCCGACGGGGCGGGCGUGGGCCCCACGGCGAGCGUGGGGCCCAUGGCGGGCGUGGGGCCCAUGGCGGGCGUGGCGCCCACGGCACACGCGGGGCCCACGGCGAACACGGCGCACGCCGACGAACAGGGGUCGAACGGCUGGGAAUGCGGAUGGCGGGAGCAGCCGAGGAGAGCGCUCAGCGCUAAGGUGGCAGAGGCGGACGGGGCUGGGGCGGGGGACGCCGAUGGCAGCGUGACCUCCUCCAUGGAGGAGCUGCAGAUGGUGAACGGGCUGGACCUCUCGCUGCCCGACUGCAAGAUCAUCGCCAACAGGAACGCCAGGCAAGAGCCUCACCAGGCCAGGUACUUCUUAAACGAGAGCGCCUCGAAGGACCUCUCGAAGCUGAGCAAGGAGAUACGGCACGAGCGCGAGAGCUACCGCGAGCUGACCGGCCGCUAUAUAGAGCGGUCCGAGGCGGCGGCCCUGAGGGACCCCCACCCCUCGGAGCCCUCCAAGGAGCCCAAGGAGGCCAGGAGGGAGCCCCGCAGGGAGCCCAGGCCCAAAACUAAGGACAGGGGCAGGAGGUCCGGCGCGGGCGUGAGCGUGGGCGCGGGCGUGGGCGGGGGCGCGGGCGUGGGCGUGGGCACCGGCGGGGGCGUGAGCGUGGGCAGCAAGGCGGCGAUCGUGGAGCCGCUGGGCGUGUACGACUGCAUCAACCUGGGGCGGCGCAUCGAUGUGCAGUGGCCCUCGGAGCUGAUGCGAGAGCGGGGCGGCCGCAGCCACUGGGGCAGCUGGGUGCCCGCGCAGGGCAUGGACGGCCUGGUGGUGCACAAGUGGAGUCCCAACCACCGCGACCCGAAGCUGCGCUCGCACGUGGACAAGAGCAUCCUGCUGCUGCAGAUCGACGACAAGUUCGUGCCCAUCGCCGAGAGCUGCGUCCAGGACCUCGGCGACGAGGUC